AUGGCCAGCGAAGCGUCAACACCCGUCCGCAUCCUGGUCAUCAACCCGAACACCUCGACGCAUAUGACGGACGCAUUGAAACCGAUGGUUGAAGGCCUCGGGUUUCCUUCUGUCGACUAUACAUACUUCACAUCUCCCACCCCCGGCAUCCCCAGCAUCAAUUCCCCCACCGACGCCGCCCGCUCCGCCGAGAUCUGUUUCCCGGCUCUAGUCCCACUAGUUCCGCACCACGAUGCCUUCCUCGUCGCUUGCUACAGCGCCCACCCUCUAGUGGGGAUGUUGAAGGCCGAAUGUUCUCGACUGAGUGCCGCGGCGGCGGCGGGCGCGGGAGGACGCGGAGCGCGGAAAUAUGUCACGGGGAUUUUCGAGGCGAGUUGUUUGGCAAGUUUGGCGCUGGUCAGUAGUAGUGGUGGAGAGGGGGGUGAAGCAAAUGAAGAAAAGAACAAAACCACCACCAUCACUGCAAAUGAAAACGACAAAACCACCACCAACACCGACAUCGAUAAUGACAGUUUCGGCUUCGGGAUCGUCAGUACAGGCAAAGUAUGGGAAACAGCUCUCCAACACGCCGUCGACGAGUUUCUGGGCCUCCCAGUCCCCAACGGCAACGAUUUGAACACUCCAAAUUCCAAACCAGACUCUACUUCCAAGACUCAGUCUCAGUCUCAUCAGUCCACACCGCAACGAUUCUACGGAUGCGAAACGACAGGGCUGAACGCAAGUGAACUGCACGACCUUCCGGCCGAAGAAGUGCGGAAGAAGAUGAUGGACGCAACGAAACGGUUGUUGCGGAGGGGAAUGGGAAUUAUAGGCUCUUCCAAAAACACAAGUCCUGACGAAACUUGGAAACUGGUCAAUGUCAAGGUCAACGCCAAUCUGCAAUCCCAGUCCCAGUCCCAGUCCCAGUCCCACGAACAGUCGUCGUCAACGGACAAUGUCAGUUCCAGCUAUGGAUCGGAAUCCACGACGGCAUGUUCAGACCCGGAUCCGGAGUCAAGAUCAAAGUCAUCGUCAAGAGUCAAAGCAAUCUGUCUCGGCUGUGCGGGGAUGGUCGGUCUCGAUUCCGCCGUGCGCAGCGCGUGUAUUGAAGAGUUGGGUCCCGAGGCGGGGAAGGAGGUAUAUAUCGUCGACGGGGUCAAAGCGGGUGUUGGGAUGCUUUAUAGUCUUGCGAGAUGUGGGUUUUGA